AUGUUUGCCAUCACCUGCAGACCUCUGACCCUUCCCGACAGCACAGCCUACCCACAGCAGCAACGGUCAUACUCACCUCCUCCGUCAGCAACUGUACGAGCAAUGAAGUGUGGCGCCUGGGACCCCACACCAGGAUCCAGCGUUCGAACAUUCACUCCAUUUUACUUUCUGGUAGAACCAGUGGAUACACUCUCAGUUAGAGGCUCUUCUGUUAUAUUGAACUGUUCAGCAUAUUCUGAACCUUCUCCAAAAAUUGAAUGGAAAAAAGAUGGGACUUUUUUAAACUUAGUAUCUGAUGACCGACGCCAGCUUCUCCCAGAUGGGUCUUUAUUUAUCAGCAAUGUGGUGCAUUCCAAACACAAUAAACCUGAUGAAGGUUAUUAUCAGUGUGUGGCCACUGUUGAGAGCCUUGGAACGAUUGUCAGCAGAACAGCUAAGCUCACAGUAGCAGGUCUUCCAAGAUUUGCUAGCCAACCAGAACCUUCUUCAGUUUAUGCUGGGAACAGUGCAGUUCUGAAUUGCGAAGUCAGUGUGGAUCUGGUCCCAUUUGUGAGGUGGGAACAGAACAGACAGCCUCUUCCUCUGGAUGAUAGAGUCAUCAAACUUCCAAGUGGGACACUGGUUGUGAGCAACGCCACUGAAGGAGACGGAGGGCUCUACCGCUGCACAAUUGAGAGCGGCGGGCCGCCGAAGUAUAGCGAUGAAGCGGAGUUAAAAGUUCUUCCAGAUCCUGAGUUCACAUCAAACUUGGUAUUUCUGAAACAACCUUCUUCCUUAGUCAGAGUCCUUGGUCAGAAUGCAGUGUUGCCGUGUGUCGCUUCAGGACUUCCUCCUCCAGCCAUUAGAUGGAUGAAAAAUGAGAAGGCACUUGACCCAGAAAGCUCUGAAAAAUUGGCGUUGCUGGCAGGUGGUAGUCUGGAGAUCAGUGAUGUCACUGAGGAUGAUGCGGGGACUUACUUUUGUAUAGCUGAUAAUGGGAAUGAGACCGUUGAAGCUCAAGCAGAGCUUACAGUACAAGUCCAACCAGAAUUCUUGAAACAGCCGACGAAUAUAUAUGCUCAUGAGUCCAUGGAUAUUGUAUUCGAAUGUGAAGUGACUGGGAAACCGACUCCAACUGUGAAGUGGGUCAAGAAUGGAGAUGUGGUUAUCCCAAGUGAUUACUUUAAGAUUGUAAAGGAACAUAAUCUUCAAGUUUUGGGUCUGGUGAAAUCAGAUGAAGGGUUCUACCAAUGCAUUGCUGAGAAUGAUGUUGGAAAUGUACAAGCUGGAGCCCAACUGAUAAUCCUUGAACAUGAUGUUGCCAUCCCAACAUUACCUCCCACUUCACUGACCAGUGCCACUACUGACCAUCUAGCACCAGCCACAACGGGACCACUGCCUUCAGCUCCUCGGGAUGUCGUGGCCUCGCUGGUCUCUACCCGCUUCAUCAAAUUGACAUGGCGGACACCUGCAUCAGAUCCUCAUGGGGACAACCUUACCUAUUCUGUCUUCUACACCAAGGAAGGGAUUGUUAGGGAACGUGUUGAGAAUACCAGUCGCCCAGGAGAAAUGCAGGUGACCAUUCAAAACCUAAUGCCAGCCACUGUGUACAUCUUUAGAGUUAUGGCUCAAAAUAAACAUGGCUCCGGAGAAAGUUCAGCUCCACUCCGAGUAGAAACACAGCCUGAGGUUCAGCUUCCCGGCCCAGCACCUAACAUCCGAGCACAUGCAGCUUCACCUACGUCCAUCACUGUCACCUGGGAAACACCUCUGUCUGGCAAUGGGGAAAUUCAGAAUUACAAAUUGUACUACAUGGAAAAAGGGACUGAUAAAGAACAGGAUGUUGACGUUUCAAGUCACUCCCAUACUGUUAAUGGGUUGAAAAAAUACACAGAGUAUAGUUUCCGAGUGGUGGCUUACAACAAACAUGGUCCUGGAGUCUCCACACAAGAUGUUGCUGUUCGAACGUUGUCAGAUGUUCCCAGUGCUGCUCCUCAGAAUCUGUCCUUAGAAGUAAGAAAUUCAAAGAGUAUUGUGAUUCACUGGCAGCCACCUCCUCCAUCCACACAGAAUGGUCAGAUUACUGGCUACAAGAUUCGCUACCGAAAGGCCUCCCGAAAGAGUGACGUCACUGAGACCUUGGUACCUGGGACACAGCUCUCUCAGCUGAUUGAAGGUCUUGAUCGGGGAACUGAAUAUAAUUUCAGAGUGGCUGCUCUAACCAUCAAUGGCACAGGCCCGGCUACUGACUGGCUGUCUGCUGAAACUUUUGAAAGUGAUUUAGAUGAAACUCGUGUUCCUGAAGUGCCUAGUUCUCUUCACGUCCGACCACUUGUCACUAGCAUUGUAGUAAGCUGGACUCCUCCAGAGAAUCAGAACAUUGUGGUCAGAGGUUAUGCCAUUGGUUAUGGUAUUGGCAGCCCUCAUGCCCAGACCAUCAAAGUGGACUAUAAACAACGAUAUUACACCAUCGAAAAUCUGGAUCCCAGCUCUCACUACGUGAUAACCCUGAAAGCCUUUAACAACGUGGGUGAAGGCAUCCCCCUGUACGAGAGCGCCGUGACCAGACCUCACACAGACACUUCUGAAGUUGAUUUAUUUGUUAUUAAUGCUCCAUACACUCCAGUGCCAGAUCCCACUCCCAUGAUGCCACCUGUGGGAGUUCAGGCUUCCAUUCUGAGUCAUGACACCAUAAGGAUCACAUGGGCGGACAACUCACUGCCCAAACACCAGAAGAUUACGGAUUCCCGGUACUACACAGUCCGAUGGAAAACCAACAUCCCAGCAAACACCAAGUACAAGAAUGCAAAUGCAACGACUUUAAGUUAUUUGGUGACUGGUUUAAAAGCAAAUACACUGUAUGAAUUCUCUGUGAUGGUGACCAAAGGUCGAAGAUCAAGCACAUGGAGUAUGACAGCCCAUGGGACCACCUUUGAAUUCGUUCCUACUUCUCCACCCAAGGACGUGACAGUUGUGAGUAAAGAGGGAAAACCUAGGACCAUAAUUGUAAAUUGGCAGCCUCCCUCAGAAGCCAAUGGCAAAAUUACAGGUUACAUCAUAUAUUACAGUACGGAUGUGAACGCAGAGAUACACGACUGGGUUAUUGAGCCUGUUGUGGGAAACAGGCUGACUCACCAGAUACAAGAGUUAACACUUGACACACCAUACUACUUUAAAAUCCAAGCCCGAAACUCAAAGGGCAUGGGACCCAUGUCUGAAGCCGUCCAAUUCAGAACACCUAAAGCGGACUCCUCUGAUAAAAUGCCUAAUGAUCAAGCCUCAGGGUCUGCAGGAAAAGGAAGCCGGCUUCCAGACCUAGGAUCUGACUACAAACCUCCAAUGAGUGGCAGUAACAGCCCGCAUGGAAGCCCCACCUCUCCCCUGGACAGUAGCAUGCUGCUGGUCAUCAUUGUUUCUGUUGGCGUUGUCACCAUUGUGGUGGUUGUGGUCAUUGCUGUCUUUUGUACCAGGCGUACCACCUCUCACCAGAAAAAGAAACGAGCUGCUUGCAAAUCAGUGAAUGGUUCCCACAAGUACAAAGGGAACUCCAAAGAUGUCAAACCCCCAGACCUCUGGAUCCAUCAUGAGAGACUGGAGCUGAAACCAAUCGAUAAGUCUCCAGACCCAAAUCCCAUCAUGACUGAUACUCCAAUUCCUCGGAACUCUCAAGAUAUCACACCAGUUGACAAUUCCAUGGACAGCAACAUCCAUCAAAGGCGGAAUUCAUAUAGAGGGCAUGAGUCAGAGGACAGCAUGUCUACACUGGCUGGAAGGCGAGGAAUGAGACCAAAAAUGAUGAUGCCCUUUGACUCCCAGCCACCCCAACCUGUGAUUAGUGCCCAUCCCAUCCAUCCCCUCGAUAACCCUCACCAUCAUUUCCACUCCAGCAGCCUCGCUCCUCCAGCCCGCAGUCAUCUCUACCACCCGGGCAGCCCGUGGCCCAUUGGCACAUCCCUGUCCCUUUCAGACAGGGCCAAUUCCACAGAAUCCGUUCGAAAUACCCCCAGCACUGACACCAUGCCAGCCUCCUCGUCUCAAACAUGCUGUACUGAUCACCAGGAUCCUGAAGGUGCUACCAGUUCCUCUUACUUGGCCAGCUCCCAAGAGGAAGAUUCAGGCCAGAGUCUUCCUACAGCCCACGUUCGCCCUUCCCACCCAUUGAAGAGCUUUGCUGUGCCGGCAAUCCCGCCCCCAGGUCCUCCCACCUAUGAUCCCGCGUUGCCAAGCACACCAUUACUAUCCCAGCAAGCUCUGAACCAUCACAUUCACUCGGUGAAGACAGCCUCCAUUGGGACUUUAGGAAGGAGCCGGCCUCCUAUGCCAGUGGUGGUUCCCAGUGCCCCUGAAGUGCAGGAGACCACGAGGAUGCUGGAAGACUCCGAGAGUAGCUAUGAACCAGAUGAGCUGACCAAAGAGAUGGCCCACCUGGAAGGACUAAUGAAGGACCUAAACGCCAUCACGACAGCAUGA